AUGAAAUUUCUUUUCGCUCUUGCCAUCUCGGUGUCCGUGGUCUUGCCCUCAGUGCAAGCCGCCAAAGAAGUGUUUGCCCACGUUAUUGUAGGCAAUGUGCGCUCCCUCGACAAUGCCGACUGGGAAGACAACAUCAAGCUGGCGCAGGAGGCCAAGAUUGAUGCCUUUGUCCUCAAUAUUGCCCAAGGCGAUGAAGGCAACGAGGCGUCCUUGCAAACCAUCUUUCAGGUUGCCGAAAGCCUGAACUUCAAACUCUUUUUCAGCUUUGACUACAAAGCCCUGGGAGCAUGGCCGAAGGAGGAUGUUAUUGACCACAUCACCAGGUUCGGUGCCAGCCCGGCUUACUUCAAAACCGACGACGACAAGCUGUUUGUUUCCACGUUUGAAGGUCCGGACAAUGCGGGCGACUGGGCUGACAUCAAGGCAACGACUAACUCGUUCUUCGUCCCCGAUUGGUCAUCUCAGGGCCCGGUUGUUGCUGCUGGACUGGCGGAUGGUGUUGCUGACGGGCUGUUCAGCUUUGAUGCUUGGCCGAAUGGUGACACCAACAUCACCAUCAAAUCCGAUCUCGAGUACCAAGACGCUCUUGGAGACCGAGCAUACAUGAUGGCUGUCUCCCCGUGGUUUUACACCAAUCUCAACAACCCCGACUUCACCAAGAACUGGCUCUGGCGUGGCGAUGAGCUCUGGGAUACCCGUUGGGCUCAGGUAAUGGAAGUCAACCCUGAUUUCGUCGAGAUCCUCACCUGGAAUGACUACGGCGAAUCUCACUACAUUGGCCCUAUUCGCGAGAAGGAACUUGGUUUGUUCGAUACGUCUGCGCCAAUCCCCUAUGUCGAGAAUAUGAGCCAUGAUGGCUGGCGCAAGUUCUUGCCUUUUUACAUUGAGCAAUACAAGACAGGAGCUGCGCCGACGGAGUUUGAGGAGAGGGUCGCGGCUUAUUACCGCACCGCGCCUGCUCUUGCUUGCCCUGAUGGCGGUACCACUGGUAACAAUGCGGAUUUCAAUGAGGUGGAGCAGCCGCCGCAGGAUUUUAAUGAGGAUGCUGUGUUUUAUGGUGCGCUUCUGACCUCAGAUGAGGGGGUUACGGUUACGGUCAAGAUUGGGGAGAAUGAGCAGACGGGGACUUUUACGGCUUUUCCUGCGAGCGGUGCGGGGACUGCAGGUAUUUAUAGGGGGAGUGUGCCGUUUGGGGGGAAUAGUGGUGAUGUUGUUGUUACUGUGUCUCGGGAUGGGCAGGUUGUGGCUACAGCUGAGGGGGGAAAGCCGUUGGGGGCGACGUGCGAGUUUGAGAUCCAGAAUUGGAAUGCUGUUGCUGUUAACUUCUACCCAUCGUAUCUACCCAUGUGUAACGCCCCGGUAAGUUAUUGGUUGGGAUUUCCAAUGGAGACAGACCUCACAGUUUUUUACCAUUGCAAAACUUCCCGGUUUCCUCAACUCUUUCACCCUUCGCCCUAUAUCCAAACUCGACAUCUCCAUACCAUAUACACCGCAUUCUUCUCCAAAAGGCUCGAACCCACAAUGCGACCGAUACUCGACCGUUCCCGGAUAUCCCGCUCCCCGCCGAUAAAUUGGUUGCAUGUCAGAUCCUUUUGGUGGAGGAACCUCGAACGGACCCAAUCACCAGCCAUGCUGACGACGAUCCGUUACGACCUACCCCGGAUACUCUCCCGGGUUUUAUAUAAUCACGAUCCCAUUGACCAAUCGUUAAUUCUUCCGUCGCACUGUCCUUUGACACUCACUCGAGCAGCUCCCGUGCUUCUCAACAUCGGCCCGGAUUUGAAGCCCGCUCCACAGACGUUGCAAUCGUGGUAG